AUGCCAAUCAUCAGUAAUGCUAACCAUGACUUCAGCACGUACUCGAUCAGCAGCGAUGACAGUAGUGUGGAUCGCUUCUUCACUGAAAUCCCAGAGACUGAAACUAUUAAAGGGGUCUACUUCCAACGAGCACGGCGUCUUUGGGAUCAUAAGGCCGCAGCACGAGUGGACCACAAGCUGCAGGCUCUAAUAAAUGUGGGGGGAAACCGCUAUGCGUUCCCUUGGUCCACUCUGGAGAGGUUUCCUCAAAGCCGACUGGGACAGCUCCGGUUCUGCUCCACACCUGAGGAGAUCUCCAGACUCUGUGAUGACUACGACGAGACCAGGAAGGAGUACUUCUUUGACCGUAACCCAACCGCCUUCAGGGUGAUCCUAAACUUCCUGGCGGCAGGUAAGCUCCGCCUCCUCCGUGAGCUGUGUGCCGUGUCCCUCCACGAUGAGCUGGACUAUUGGGGUGUGGAUCCAGCUCACAUGGAACGCUGCUGUCGCCGUAAAAUGAUCACGCGCGUGGAUGAGAAGAUGGAAAAGGACCGGAAAGAUGAAGAAUGGAGACAGAAGAGGCUCAUCCAGCAAAGAAAGAGCCUGGACACUGGACAGGGCUAUCACAGGGUGGUGUGGAUGGUGCGUGAGAUCAUGGAGAACCCUCACUCCGGAAUCCCAGGGAAGAUCUUCGCCUGUUUGUCGGUCAUCAUGGUAGUGGUAACCGUGGUGAGCCUCUGCAUCAGCACCAUGCCGGACCUAAGGGCCGAGGAGAAGAAGGGCGAGUGUUCUCAGAAGUGCCAUAACAUGUUUGUGGUGGAGUCGAUCUGCGUCGCCUGGUUCACAUUCGAGUUCCUCCUUCGCUUCAUCAAUGCUCAGAGCAAACUGGAAUUCAUCCGUGGCCCUCUCAACAUCAUCGACGCAGUGGCCAUCCUGCCCUACUACGUCUCCCUGGUGGUCGACCUCCGUGAGCCCAGCCCUGAAGAGCUACAUUUGGGCAUCACAGCGACCGCAGGGAGGGGCUACCUGGAUAAACUCAGCCUCAUCCUCCGCUUGCUACGCGCACUACGAAUUCUGUACGUAAUGCGGCUAGCUAGGCAUUCCUUGGGUCUACAGACACUCGGGCUAACCAUGCAAAGAAGUAUGCGUGAAUUUGGCUUGCUAUUGCUAUUCGUAUGUGUAGCUGUGAUGUUGUUUUCGCCAUUGGUGCAUUUAGCUGAAAGCGAGCUAGCUCCGUUCACAGCCACGCCCCAUCACCAGUCGUUCAGCAGUAUCCCGGCGUCCUAUUGGUGGGCGAUUAUUUCCAUGACGACAGUAGGAUAUGGGGACAUGGUGCCGAGGAGCAUACCGGGACAAAUUGUGGCAUUGACGAGUAUUUUGAGCGGGAUUCUCAUUAUGGCGUUCCCGGCGACGUCAAUAUUUCACACGUUUUCUAGGUCAUAUCAAGAGUUGAAGGCGGAUUAUGAUCGGCUAUGGAAAGAGGAGGAAGAGGAAGGAGGAGAGGGAGGAGGGGAGAAGAUCCAAGAUGGUGGACAGAGUUCAGAUCAAGAUCAGCUCCUGACUGAGACCAGAGGAGACCAGGAGGCGAGGAGACAAAGCACAACUCUUCCUUCUACAGCUUUUUAA